AUGGACUCUCUCCCCAUUUUGUUUUCUGGGGUCGAACUAUCGUCUACCACAUCUACCACGGAGAACCAAACGAACCGCCGUUCCGCGUCGGCAUUCAAUGCACCGCCUCGCUUCCUUAACCCGACAGCAGAUCUCAUCGUCACAUCCUCUGACAAUGUCGAGUUCAAAACUUGGAAAGCGAUUCUCAUCGAAGGCUCUUUCUUCUUCAAGGGUAUGCUCGAGGAUUCGAUGUUAAACGAAUGCACGAUCGGCUGGGGUAAGGUCGAACGUGUGCGCUGGGAUGAGACAGCAAAGAUCAUCAACCACCUACUCAUCCUCAUGUACCCUAUUCCCAAGCCAGCUAUCAAUUCUCUCGAUGAAAUAUUCGACGUCAUCCGGGCUGCCGAAAAAUGGCAAAUCCCUGUCGCGAUCGAUUGGCUGAAAGCUACGCUCUUGUGCAAGAAGUUUGUGGAUGUCGACCGGAAUGCGUUCAAGAUCUAUGCUUUUGCGUGCGAAAUGGAUUUCACAGACAUACGAGAUGAAGUAGCGAAGAAGGCGAGCGAGAUAGAUCCUUUCGGUAUCCCAGUUCGCAGUCACACAAGGCACAUGACCGCUUUGGACCUUUUGCGACUCGUUAAGCUUCGAUCCGCUCCUUAUGCGACGUUCGACAGCCAUUUUACGCUCUCACCCAAUCCUGACGCAACUGCUACGAUGUCGACAGGGCUGCCCGAUUCGAGCUCCAUCCCAUCAGAAUUCCGUGAUACAAACGGGGACCUUGCAGUGCACUCAGCAGACGGUGUCGAAUUUUCGGUCUUCCGGCUCUUCCUAGCUUGCUCAUCGCCAAAACUUCGAGAUCGCAUCCUCAAACUGUCCGAAACGUCGUCUGCUCACAAUCAAGGGACGCGCCCAGCGCUGUCGUUACCACUCCCUGCCAGCAUCAUUCUCACGCUGCUGUAUUAUAUCUAUCCUCUACCCAGGUCGCCUACCAAGACCGGAACUUCGAGACUGGAGCAUCUCAUCCUCUGCAUGAGGGCUGCCAUAGAAUGGGAUAUUCAAGUCGCCGUUUCUGCAUUUCGUGAAGAGCUGAUGUCCCCUCUGCAUCUUCAAACACGCCCGUUGAAGAUAUACGGCUUCGCCAACAGCAUGGGAUUUGAAGAGGAGAAGAAGAUAGCAAGAACGCGUGCUAUUCUCUUCGAUCCGAUGGAAAAUCGAAAUCGAAACGACUUCACGGAAAUGACAGGAUAUGACCUGAUACAGCUUCGCGAAUUUCGGACGACACUGGUGAAGAGGCUAAUGGCAGCAUUGCGAAAGUUGAGCUUUCCUUCGUCCCCUUCAUCUUGCGUGCAUUUCGAACACUACAGCCAUGAUGAUGCCAGCCACAAAGCGACACUCGAUUCAGUCUUUGUGCAGGCCAUGUGUCAAGCGAUCAUCCCAAACUCUUUAGUUACCACCCCCGAUUUGUACGAGAUGUUGGUAGGCGGCACCUGUCUUGAGUGCAGAAAGAACACUGCACGCUUCAGAAGCAGCGAGGAAAUCAUUGAACAAGUGAACAAAGUUCUAAAAGAGCAUCUUGUACUCUAUUGCUAG